AUACCGUGUAGAUGAAACUUUGUGAAAACCUGUUUUCUCCAUAGAUCAGGGGAAGGGAUUCCAAUAUUCAGUACACUACCCUCCGACCUCCAGCCCGAAGCUGAUAGAGAACUUAGAUCCACUGCUUCUCCAGAACUGCCACUUUUGAUCUCUAUCAGUCGCAAGGUGGCAUAACCAGAAGAAAGUUGGCUUUUUCUUGGAUGCACAGAAGAUCCAAACAGUUAUAUAUCUCCUAUUUGACCACUCUUUCUUCCUAGGUCAAUUACUUCGAUCCGGAGUGAACUGAUUCCCUACCUAGUAAGAAAACAGUUCUCCACAGCUUCCUCACAACAAGGACAAGAAGAAAAAGAGGAAGAUCUAAAGAAAAAGGAGCUGAAGUCCUUAGAUAUUUACAGUUUUAUAAAAGAAACCAGUACCCUGACCUUUGCUCCCUAUGAUGCCUGCUGGAAUGUCUGUCGAGGAGACAAAUGGGAAGAUCUGUCCAGACCACAGGUGCGCUGCUAUGUCCACAUCAUGAAAGAGGGGCUCUGCUUUCGAGUAAGCACCCUGGGACUCUACAUAGAAGCAAACAAACAGGUGUCCAAAUUGCUACCUGAUCUCUGUCCAGAAGAACCACUGGUGCAUUCAUCAGCCCAGAUUGUCAGCAAACACUUGGUUGGAGUUGACUGCCUCAUUGGGCCAGAUACACAGGUUGGAGAGAAAUCAUCCAUUAAGCACUCGGUCAUUGGUUCAUCCUGUGUCGUAAAAGAUAGAGUGACUCUCACCAAUUGCCUUCUUAUGAACUCAGUCACAGUGGAGGAAGGAAGCAACAUCCAGGGCAGCGUCAUCUGCAACAAUGCUGUGAUCGAGAAUGGAGCAGACAUCAAGGACUGCCUCGUUGGAAAUGGCCAGAGGAUUGAAGCCAAAGCCAAACGAGUGAACGAGGUGAUCGUGGGGAAUGACCAGCUCAUGGAGAUCUGAGUCCGGAGCAAGUCACACACCUUCCUCUUGGCCCCCAGAACUACAGAUGUUGUCUGGCCCACCUCUUUGACUCUGUAUUUAUUUCCCAAUAAAAAAGGGCUCCUGAAGGCAUGCUUGA